CAUUCGCUAGCAACGAAAUCAAACCUCCUAACCAACCAUGAAAGUGAUCAUUGUCGCUCUUGCCUUUGUGGCCGUCGCUGCUGCCGCUGCCGUGGAUUACGUGCCACAGAUUCUGCGAUCCGAAUCUGAUCAGUCCCCCGACGGAAGUUACCAAUAUGCCUUUGAAUCUGAUGAUGGUACUAAGCGCGAAGAAGUCGGCCAGGCCACAGAGAUUCUUAAUGAGGAAGGCAAGCCCCAAAAAGUAGUUUUUGUCAGAGGCUCUUUCUCGUACAAAGACUCAGAAGGUAAUCUUCAAGAAAUUGUCUACACCGCCGAUGACAAAGGCUUCCACCCCGAAGGGCCUUCCAUCCCCAAAUCUGUCUCCAGGAGAUAA